GUUCUUUGAAAAUGUAUAUCGCUCCCAUGAACUCCCACCCUGCGUAGAAUGGAAUAAUCAGAUACGGAGGCUAAUCGAGGUGACUUGUAUCGCCCGAUUUCCCAAGGGCACUCAUUUGCACAUCCUAAACUCUCAGGGCACUGAGGGCAGGGAUACCUAUAUAAACCCUCAUCUAUUAGAUUUUAUCUUCAGAUAGUUGCUCCCUUAGUGGCCCGUGAUUCUCCUUGCUGCACAAAACUUCACUAGACCAGAUGACUUUAGCAAUCUCUGACAAUUCCACUGCGCGCAAUCCGCCUCCCUUUCCUCCUGAACUUUGGAUUACAAUAUUUAGCCUCGCCACCGAUGUCCCUGGUCUGCUGAGUUAUGAUGGCCAAACCCCAUCUGAUCUUCCGCAUCCCCUCGUCCAAGAUCACGAGCACAGACUGUUAAAAGAGUCUUUUAUCACAAAGAGGAGUAUUAUCCUUGUCUGUAGGUCAUGGAACGCUCUCGCCACCAAGUUCCUCUAUCGGAGCGUCGUAGUCACUCGCCCGGCUACCCUGUCUUCUUUGCUUGUCGCCCUCAACAGGAGAUCCUCUGGGGCAGCCCGCUCCGUUCACGUAGGGUGGUGGACGAGACGACUUGAUGUUUUGAUACAGGAUGACCAUUGUGAGGCAUCUGAUUACGCCCUCCUGGCCAACAUCAUUCGACGGUUCCCAAACUUGUCGAUCGUCAAUUUAUCUAUGCCUAUGCUUCCCGAUAAUGAUUCCUGGCUUCGGCAGCUACCCGAAUCGGUCGUUAUAGCGCUAGUUGAAUCCUGCGGUCCAUCAUUGCGCGUAUUUGAUUGUUCUGAGUCCAUUUUGCGCCCCUGCAGAGAGGAUCUGAUGAAGUUGAUGGCUGCAGCACCAAAUUUGAGCGUGCUCCGCUGCCCAAUUUGCUCGCCCAGUGCGAGGGACAAGUCUCCUUCUGUUAGACUCGAUGUGCCCGUUAUGACCAAGCUGCAGGCGGUGUCACUCAUGUCGGUCUUUUUGCGAGAUUACCUGCCAGACGAUAGAAAUGCCAACCACUUCCCGGCUCUCCGAAAACUUGCCUACGACUGCAUCCCUCCUCCGUUCCUUGACCAUACUUGGAAACAUUUCGUGAGGCUGAGCUGCGCGAAUGUUACUACUGUGCACCUCGACUACUCCCUUCAACCCGAUUGUCUUCAAAAAGAGCUGGAUCUGCUCAGUGAAUGUUGUUUGUCUUUGAACGACCUCGUCGUUUACAUCCGUUCAUGGACGGACAUCAAUCCGAAUCUCACCCUUCCUCCUUCCGUUUCAUAUCUGGGACUACACUCCAAGUUACGCAAGGCACCCGCGUUCCAUUUUAAGCAACUAUUUGCUGCUCUUCGUACCAUAUCGGGUUCGAAGCUCAAGAUUGUUCGAUUGCUGCACGCGGACGCCGUGGAAGAUUUACGGGAGAACCACCGGGCUCUGUUGGAGAGUGAACUCAGCACUUCCUGUAUUACAUUCCGCAUCGAGGACAACGAGGGUCAUCUUCUGAUGGCUUGAUACAUGGGUCAUGGGUACAGCAUAACACAUGCGGUUUAGAUAUCGGUGUAUUCUUAGGGAUCUAUUUAGACCUAUCAUGGAUUCGUGAUUUGUAUCCAAUACACGUACACUGCUGCAAACAUCGCCCUGGCAUUGCUCCCGGCGUCCGCCACAGGCAGGAACGCCCUGAUAUAUUAUGCAACUGAUCGCCUGACUCUUCGACCAUCUGAAGGCGUCUUUUCAGUCGCUAACAAU